AUGCUAGCUGCUAGAAGAUCUACAAGAUCGAUCUCACUGGCAAGAGUCAGAAGAACUCUUUCCACAGUAAACGAAGACGCAUUCCUACGUGCACCAGCAGAACUGCAAUCCAGAGUACCGCCAUAUGCCAAGCUCAUCUCGAAACUGCAAACGGUCAAAUCGAUUUUGAACGAUGCCCCAUUGACCUUGGCUGAGAAAAUUCUAUACUCGCACUUGUGCGACCCUCACGAGUCGCUAGUCUCUUCUUCCCUCGCCGAUAUCAGAGGCCAGCAGUACUUGAAGUUGAAUCCGGACCGUGUCGCAAUGCAGGACGCUUCCGCUCAAAUGGCCCUUUUGCAAUUCAUGACUACUGGGUUGCCCGAAACGGCCGUUCCAGGUUCCAUUCACUGUGACCAUUUGAUCGUUGGUAAGGAAGGUGAAACCAAGGACUUGGCCUCGUCAAUCGCCACGAACCACGAGGUGUUCGACUUCUUGCAGUCGUGUGCAUCCAAAUACGGUAUCCAGUUCUGGGGCCCAGGUUCGGGUAUCAUCCACCAAAUCGUGCUCGAAAACUUCUCGGCCCCAGGUCUAAUGAUGCUCGGUACAGACUCGCAUACCCCGAACGCAGGUGGUUUGGGUGCCAUUGCCAUCGGUGUCGGUGGAUCUGACGCCGUGGACGCCUUGACAGGAACCCCCUGGGAGUUGAAAGCCCCAAAAGUCCUGGGUGUUAAGCUCACAGGCAAGAUGAACGGCUGGACUUCGCCAAAGGACGUCAUCACAAAACUUGCCGGUAUCCUUACCGUGAGAGGCGGGACCGGUUACAUCGUCGAAUACUUCGGAGAAGGUGUGCAAACGCUAUCGUGUACCGGUAUGGCUACCAUCUGUAAUAUGGGUGCUGAAAUCGGUGCAACAACCUCCACUUUCCCAUACCAAGAAGCUCACAAACGCUACUUGCAAGCAACCAACAGAUCUUUUAUCGCAUCCGCAGCUGACCAAGCCCUACAUCAAUUUGGCUUCCUCAAGGCGGACGAAGGCGCUGAGUACGAUAAGGUCGUUGAAAUCAACCUCUCAGAAUUAGAGCCUCAUGUGAACGGUCCCUUCACUCCUGAUUUGUCCACUCCAAUUUCACAAUUUGGCGAGAAAACUUUGAAAGAGGAUUGGCCUCAAAGAAUAUCUGCUGGUUUGAUCGGUUCUUGUACUAAUUCCUCUUAUCAAGAUAUGACUCGUGCAGCAGACUUGGUUAGACAAGCGGCCCAGGCUGGUUUGAAACCUAAAAUUCCAUUCUUCGUUACCCCAGGUUCAGAACAAAUUAGAGCGACUCUUGAAAGAGAUGGUCUCAUCGAUACUUUCGAAAAAAAUGGUGCCAUCGUGCUCGCUAACGCUUGUGGCCCAUGUAUCGGUCAAUGGGAUAGACAGGAUGUAUCCAAAAAUUCUAAAGAAUUUAACUCCAUCUUUACCUCCUUCAACAGAAACUUUAGAGCAAGAAACGACGGUAACAGAAACACAAUGAACUUCUUGACAUCACCUGAAAUGGUAACCGCUAUGAUCUACUCUGGUGAUGCUCAGUUCAAUCCUAUGAAGGAUUCAAUCAAAUUGGAUGAUGGUAACGAAUUUAAGUUUGCUCCUCCAAAAGGUGAAGAACUACCUCAUGACGGAUUCAUUGCUGGUAGAAAAGAAUUUUAUCCUGUAAACGAUCCAAAACCUGAUCCUAGCAUUGAGGUUAAGGUAUCGCCAGAUUCUGACCGUCUACAACUAUUGGAUCCAUUCCCAGCAUGGAAUGGCAAAGAGUUGAAGACUACCGUGCUGUUAAAGGUCGAAGGUAAAUGUACAACAGAUCAUAUAUCCGCAGCAGGUGUGUGGUUGAAGUACAAAGGACAUCUAGAGAAUAUUUCUAACAACACUUUAAUUGGUGCCCAAAACAAAGAAACUGGAGAAGUUAAUAAAGCUUACGAUUUAGACGGUACCGCUUACGGUAUUCCAGAACUUAUGAUCAAAUGGAAGGAGGAAAAAAGACCUUGGGUAGUUGUUGCUGAACACAAUUACGGUGAGGGUUCUGCUAGAGAACAUGCUGCUCUAUCUCCAAGAUUCUUAGGCGGAGAAAUUAUUCUCGUUAAAUCGUUUGCAAGAAUUCAUGAAACCAAUUUGAAGAAACAAGGUAUGCUACCGUUAACCUUCGCUGAUGAAUCUGACUAUGAUAGAAUAUCAUCCGGUGAUGUUUUAGAAACGCUAGACUUAGCGGAUAUGAUCGCAAAGAAUGGGGACAAUGGGGGUACUCUGGACGUUAAGGUUACAAAACCAUCCGGAGAAUCAUUUAUAAUUAAAACAAAGCACACCAUGUCCAAGGAUCAAGUAGAGUUUUUCAAGGCUGGCUCUGCCAUUAACUAUAUUGGUAACAUUCGCCGCUCAUCUACAUGA